UAUCGCUCUCUCCGCAUUUCCAUUAACCCUCCAAUUUUCCCGCCUUAGUCUCACUCUCUUCCCGCCUUAGACUCGCCGGAGAAUCCAUGGUUCAGAAGCAGCAAGCCGCCGCCGGUCCAGAUACCGAGCCUAAGAAGCGUCGUCGUGUCGGGUUUUCUCCCGCCGAUACUGGUGUGGAGGCUAACGAGUGCAUCAAAAUCUAUCUCGUUUCCAGCAAAGAGGAAGUUGAUUCCCCUGAUAUUUCGAGUGUGAAGCCAGUUGACUUGAAUGAUUUCAUUGAUGGAGAUGGCAAGAUAUAUGGUUACCAAGGUUUGAAGAUUAAUGUAUGGAUCAAUAGCAUCUCAUUACAUUCAUAUGCUGAUAUUACAUACCAGAGCACAACCAACGGAGACAAAGGCAUCACGGACCUGAAAUCUGCUUUACAGAACAUAUUUGCUGAGACCAUUGUUGAUGACAAGGAAGAAUUUCUACAAACCUUUUCAACACAGAGAGAUUUUAUCAGAAAUAUGGUCUCUGACGGAGAGGUAAUGCAUUCUGGAGCGACAGAUGGAAGCAACAACAAUGCUGAAAUGGUUUCUUCAGAUCUCCAGGUUAUACGGAUGCAAAUUGGUUCUCCAAAUGCCGGACUCCUCUAUAGCCGAUUGGUGCCUCUUGUUCUUCUUUUUGUUGAUGGCAGCAACCCGAUUGAUGUCACUGAUCCUGACUGGCAUUUAUAUCUCUUAAUUCAAAAGAAAGAGGACAAGGAUGAUCCGUUGUAUCAAAUUGUGGGCUUUACUGCUAUUUACAAAUUCUUCCGUUAUCCUGACAGGUUACGGAUGCGACUCAGCCAGAUCUUGGUCUUACCGUCCUUUCAAGGAAAAGGACUCGGAACCUAUCUCAUGGAGGUAGUAAACAAUGUGGCUGUAGCAGAAAAUGUUUACGAUUUGACAGUGGAAGAGCCAUCUGAAAAAUUCCAACACAUUCGUACUUGCCUCGACCUAAACCGCUUGCGCAAUUUUGAUCCAAUCAAACCAGCCAUUGAUUCAGCCGUUCAGACUCUCACAAAAGGAAAACUAUCGAAGAAAGCUCAGAUACCUCGAUUCACCCCACCUUUGACUGCCAUCGAGAAAGUCCGCGAAUCUCUGAAGAUCAACAAGAAACAGUUUCUCAACUGCUGGGAGAUUUUGAUAUAUCUUGCACUUGGUCCUAUCGACAAGUACAUGGAAGAUUACACAUCUGUCAUCACAAACCAUGUGAGAAGCGACAUUCUGGGAAAAGAUAUAGAAACUCCAAAGAAACAGGUCGUGGAUGUUCCGAGCGAGCACGAGCCUGAAGCAUCGUUUGUGGUUUUCAAAUCUCUCAAUGGAGAAGAAGCUAAUACCAAUGUUCAAGUUGAUGAAAACAAACCGGAUCAAGAGCAGCAGCUGAAGCAACUGGUUGAAGAAAGGAUUCGUGAGAUCAAGUUGGUUGCUGAGAAAGUCUCUAUGGGUUGUCCAAAGGCAAAAAUCUGAUUGGAAUCAGAACUUUGUGAGACCUUUUUUUUUUAUUAGAGCUUUUUGUUCAAUGAUCAAAUCAUCAAACUAUGUCUUUCAGAAGGACAAAUCUGUUUGUAUCCGUUUUGUAGUAGAGGAGGUUGUUAAGUAAACUAAUGUACUUCCGGUUAAAUGGUUACGUCCAGUUAUGAUUA